AAACUUGAGCCCAAAACUGAAUCUCUAUUCAUUAGCUUCAGGAAGGAGGUCGUGAAAACCAUACUUCUUACACAGCAACGUCGGAAGAGCUCAGACAAUCAUGGCACUCCAAACAUCCUCCUUACUUCCUUCUUCUACCUCCGUUUACAAAGAGGGGAAGUCUACCGUUUGUCUCAAGGAGAGCAGUUUCUUCGGAGUCACAACCUCAUCAUAUCUUAAGACUGAGUUCAAGUCUUCUCAGAUUAGUACAAAGAAUUUCAGAAAAAGUGAGGUACCUAUUGUAACUGUUAAGGCUCAAAUAGCUACUGCAGCUCCUUCAGUCACACAGGCUGCACCUGAUGCGAAAAAAACUUUGAGAAAGGGCAAUGUAAUAAUCACUGGAGCCUCCUCUGGUCUAGGUCUGGCCACAGCCAAGGCACUUGCUGAUACAGGAAAUUGGCACAUUGUUAUGGCGUGCAGGAAUUUUCUCAAGGCUGAGAGGGCAGCUAAAUCAGUUGGCAUUGAUAAAGAGAAUUAUACUGUCAUGCAUCUUGACCUCACCUCCUUUGACAGUAUACGACAAUUUGCCGAUACCUUCCAACGGUCUGAUAGGCUGCUUGAUGCACUGGUUUGUAAUGCUGCUGUGUAUUUACCCACUGCCAAGGAACCAUCUUACACAGCUGAAGGAUUUGAGCUUAGUGUUGGUACAAACCAUCUUGGCCACUUUCUCCUCUCAAGGCUGCUGCUUGAUGAUUUGAAAAAAUCUGACUACCCCUCAAAGCGUCUCAUCAUUGUUGGCUCCAUCACAGGAAACACAAACACCUUAGCUGGUAAUGUGCCUCCAAAGGCCAACCUUGGGGAUCUGCGAGGUCUUGCAGGAGGCUUGAAUGCACUGAACAGCUCGCCUAUGAUAGAUGGAGGAGAAUUUGAUGGUGCCAAGGCCUACAAAGAUAGCAAAGUCUGCAACAUGCUUACCAUGCAAGAGUACCAUAGACGCUACCAUGAGGAAUCAGGAAUCACCUUCGCUUCUCUCUACCCUGGUUGCAUAGCUACAACAGGCCUGUUCAGGGAGCACAUUCCCUUGUUCAGGCUUAUGUUCCCUCCCUUCCAGAAGUACAUAACUAAAGGCUAUGUGUCUGAAGAGGAAGCAGGAAAAAGGCUAGCACAGGUUGUGAGUGAUCCGAACCUAACAAAAUCUGGAGUUUACUGGAGCUGGAACAAGAACUCUUCUUCAUUUGAAAACCAGCUAUCUCAAGAAGCCAGUGAUCCAGAGAAGGCACGGAAGUUGUGGGAGAUUAGCGAGAAGCUUGUGGGAUUGGCCUAAAGGAGAGAAUGAACCCCAGCAACCACCUUUUUCAAGAGAAGAUAUACUUUGAGCUUCAUAUCAAUCAGGAUAACCUCGAAUGAUUUACUUUUUCUUGUAGAUCAAUAAAAUUUUCAAUGACAAGACGAGAAAAAUUCACCCGACUGGGUAUAGCAUGAUAAGCAAGAGAUAUAUUGUCAAAAGUACUAGUUAGUCACUUCAGUUAGGUUUUGCCUGUACAGUAUUCCAAUUAUGCCUUAUCGAUCUUGAAAUUUCAUAAUCAAAAACCUAAAAAAUGAAGGUGGGGAAAAUCAGUCUCUUGCAGUAAA